GGAACCUAAACAAACUUCAAUUCUUUCAGAAGGAAUUUCUUUAUCAAAGGUCAUUCACAAUACUUUACCAGACUUAAUCUAUCUUGAGUUGUGUAAUAAGUCAGAUUUGAACACUGAAUCUACUGAGAAACGGUUCCCUGAUGAGAUUGCAAAUUGGACAGGAUUUGAACAAGAAGUAUUACAGUCACUUGUGAAAAGGACAUCUGGACAGCAUCAGAUGUGA